UGUCACCAUUUCUUUUUUCUGUCUCCAUUCUUCUUCAAUAAAAGCAUCUCCUAUUCUGUCUCCAAUGGAUGUCCUCUGAGUUCCAUGCUUUUCUCUACAAUUGCUUCCCUAAAGCCACUUGUUUUCGGGGAAAACUAUUAUUAGGACUCCAUCGAUUCCUACUAGUCCCCCGGAAAUUAAAAAGCAUAUGUUUACGACUUCGAGGAUAGAAGUAAGAUCAACAGAAGAACUUGCAUCAUUCCUACAAGCAGAUGGGUUUGUCAGGAACUUCAAAGUCCAAGAUCGUGACAGGAGAGGCCGGUUAUGUCCUUGAAGAUGUCCCUCACCUCUCUGAUUACAUUCCCGAUCUCCCGACUUAUCCGAAUCCAUUAAAAACCAACCCGGCAUAUUCAGUCGUGAAGCAGUAUUUUGUCCAUGAUGAUGACACUGUUGCUUUAAAGAUUAUUGCUCACAAAAGCAGUCCUAGAGGUUUACAUUUCCGACGUGCCGGGCCACGACAGAAGGUUUAUUUUGAUCCGGAUGACGUCCAUGCCUGUAUCGUGACUUGCGGUGGGCUCUGCCCGGGACUCAACACUGUGAUCAGGGAAAUUGUCUGUGGCUUGGAACAUAUGUACGGAGUCAAAAAGGUUCUCGGAAUAGAAGGUGGCUACAAGGGCUUUUAUUCUCGGAACACUGUUCCGUUGUCUCCUAAGGUAGUAAAUGAUAUUCAUAAACGGGGUGGAACUAUCCUCGGGACAUCACGUGGUGGCCAUGAUACAGCAAAGAUAGUUGACAGCAUUCAGGAUCGCGGAAUCAAUCAGGUUUAUAUAAUUGGAGGAGACGGAACUCAGAAAGGGGCUUCUUUCAUAUUCGAGGAAAUUAAGAAACGGGGCCUCAAAGUAGCUGUGGCUGGGAUUCCCAAAACGAUCGAUAAUGACAUUUCGGUCAUCGACAAGUCCUUUGGUUUUGACACUGCUGUCGAGGAGGCUCAACGCGCAAUCAAUGCUGCUCAUGUCGAAGCCGAGAGCGGUGAGAACGGCAUCGGUGUUGUGAAAGUGAUGGGCAGAUACAGUGGAUUCAUUGCAAUGUAUGCCACCCUUGCAAGCCGUGACGUGGACUGCUGCCUAAUCCCCGAAUCGCCGUUUUACCUUGAAGGCCACGGUGGACUCUUCGAGUUCAUAGAGAAGCGGCUCAAAGAGAAUGGGCACAUGGUGAUUGUGAUAGCUGAAGGAGCAGGGCAGGAACUCCUUGUCGAGAGUCGGCAUGGCACAGAAAAUAAAGAUGCUUCCGGAAACAAACUUCUCCGAGAUAUCGGCCUUUGGUUAUCCCAGAAGAUCAAGGAUCAUUUCACGAAGCGCAAAAUGUUGAUAAACCUCAAAUACAUAGAUCCUACAUACAUGAUUCGAGCUGUCCCGAGCAAUGCCUCCGACAAUGUUUACUGCACCCUCCUUGCUCAGAGUGCCAUUCACGGAGCAAUGGCAGGCUAUACAGGUUUCACCGUCGGGCUCGUCAAUGGAAGGCAUUCCUACAUACCAUUCCAUAGAAUUACGGAGAAACAGAACAAGGUUGUGAUCACGGACAGGAUGUGGGCUAGGCUCCUGUCUUCGACCAAUCAACCAAGCUUUCUGAGUGCGAAAGAUGUGGUGGAGGACAAGAAGGAAGAGGAAGCAUCAUCACAGUUGUUAAGCAAUGGAGAUUCUGCAAACAACUUGGUGAAGAAGGAGAUUGUUUAUGAGUGACUUGAGAUUAUUCAAAUUCGCGAAAUGUAGUAUCACGAAAAUCAUAUAUGUUCCUUCUCAUGUCCUCUUUACACUGUUGGCAGUAUCGGGUGUAUAGGUCUCAACCAAUACGCAUCUUCAUAACAAAGUCAUGUAAAUUUUGAUAUAGUCUACUACAAUUCUCGGCAAA